CUUUCUCCUUGAAGAGCUUAAUUGUUUAAUUGGAAAGUAUUUAAGAUCGUCUCUGUUCUGAAUUCAUUGGACGGCUCAAGGGCAAGUUUAUAAACUGGACUUAUUACAAAUUAUUAUACGAAGAAGAUUCUAAAGACCAAGGAAAAUUUCGUAUUGUUCCCAAACUGACUAUUAAUCAUAUUCAACCAAGUAACUAUGAAAAUGAGAGUGUCUUUGGCAACUCAGGUUCUUCACCAAUCUCUUACAUGGUUAAACGAGUGGGAAAAUGAAUUACUUAAUGGAACAAUAACAAGGCAACAAUUUUUAACAGAAAGUACAGCAGAGGGCUUGCGAGUUACAUUGAUGUCUACCAUAUCAUUAAUAACAGAGUUAAUUGAAAAGUUUGGUUUUAAAUAUAUUCUGACAGGAAAAAUUACACAAGAUUGUUUAGAGCAAUUUUUUGGAACUUUACGACAAGCUGGUUGUCAAAAUGAUCAUCCCAUAUUCUCAACAUUGUUACAGUUAUAUCGAUUGCUAUCAGUAUAUAAAAUUGUGAAACCUCCAAAAUUUGGCAGUUGUAGUAUUGAUAAUGAAAUUGAUACUACGAGACUGUUUAUUACACAGGAAGAAUUCCACACAAUUUUUAAUUCCAAAAAUGAAUCUUACAAAAAGGAACAUUUACAUUUGUUAAAAAAUAAAUUGGAUGGACUCAUUGAAACAUCUGAAUGGGAAUGAUAUCAUAGAAGAAGAUUAUGAAAUGCCAGCAGUUAUGGAUUGUAUUAUUUAUUAUGUAUCAGGUUUUAUAACAAAGAAAAUGUUAAAACAUAUCAGUUGUGAUACAUGUCGAGCUUCACUUACACAACAUACAAGUUCAAUACCA